UCCGUGUAUGUGAGCGCGAGUGCCAAGCAAAGUCCGCGAGGGCCGCUCUUGCGACUUUAGUCUACCUAGCGCGGCCGGUGCUGCUGCUGCUGCUCUCGAUCUUGUUCGACUGUGCGAGUGCGUUGUCCUAAGCGCCGGCUCGCCGAUGCGCUUUUGAGACUUCUUCGCCAGCAGCGUUACGCACACUACAAGUUUAUUCUCGAGUCGACUGUACGGGCAGUGCAACCGCUGACUGAAUUAUGGCGAGCGGCGCAGUGAGUCGAAAAGCCACGAGCUCGUACUCGUCAACCUCGACCAGCAACCUCGAUAACAAUUUAGAUGCACUUUUGGACGAUUUGCAAACGAGCAUCUCGAGCGGCAAUGCAGGCCCUCCGAAGCACAGCUCGACGAGGAUCAUCGAGACGUCGGUGCCUCAGCAGCACAACUCGAGCAGAAUCAUCGAAACGAGCCACAGCAGCAGGAAAUCCCCCCUGAGGUCAGUCUCGCCGCUAAGGUCGACUUCGCCCUCUCAAGCUCGGACGACGACGGUCGAGAAGUACGUGAGCACCGGACCGGCUGGCACGCCCUCCGGAAUUCCCGGACUCGAAAUGCUCGACGCCGAGCUUCAAGAUGUGCAACCAGGCCAGAGCAAGACGGUCGCUUACAAGACGGUCUCCUACCACUACGACAAGACACAGGAAGGAGAGAAUCUCGAGCCCUGGAUCAAGACGGAUAAGCUGAGCAAGAACGACACCUCCAUCGUGGAUAAUUUUUGCGAGAGGACUUUCGAGAAGCCCAGCACAGCCUCGAGGAGCGUGACCCAGUCUCGCGAUAGUCCCGAUUUCGCGAAAAGCGGCAAAGAAAUCAUGUACAAGGCCGACGUGUCGACCAAGAUGAUUCCGACGAUGAUCCCGUCCACGGAGACGAGAUCGACGGAGAGGGAUUUCAAGUACAUCAAAGAAACGAGAACCCACACAGAGCCGAGCCCGGUGUCCCCGCGGAAGAACAUCAAGACCGUGCGCACCGACGAGACCGAGGAGCUCACCAACGUCGAGUACAUUCCCUCAUCGACUCCGAUCCCAGCCAACCUCGCUCCUGGACCCAACACCAAAGUCACCACGACCAUCAAGACCUACACGUACGAGCUGCCAGGCGCACCCGAGACCUACCUCCCUCCCAGCAGCACUACCACUAGCAUCAGCAAAAACAUCAACUUGGACAAGUCCGUCAGUUACUCGCUGCCCAGGGACUCGGAGAAGACCGUCACCUACCACGUGGAGGAACAGAAGCAGAGCGGCUACGUGCCGGCGCCGUCACCGACGACGAAUCGCGUGCACCGCGAGGAGAAGGUGUACGUGGAGCGCAGGGGCUACCGGGCGACCUCGCCACCGCCUCCCCAGGUGACGACGACCAUCACCCGCAACGACAAGUACCUAGCGCAGCACAGCAGUGGCUACCUGCCCCCGAGCACCGACUACCCGGACCACGCGGUCAGCAAGACCGAGCGCGUCGUCUACCAGAGCGAGCCGGCACCCCAUCCGAUCCCCGUGACCACCGAGGGCACCCGCACCACGGUCAAGCAGUACGAGGAGCACUUCUCGAGCAGCCGGCCACCGAAGCCCGCGCCGUACUACCCCAGCACCUCCGAGUCCUCGCACCACAGCACCACCGUCUACAAGUACGACGAGCAGCAGUCGCUGCUUCCCAGGCCGUUCCCCAGCAGCGAACGGCCGGCCAGCCCGAGGCAGCGGCCGCCCAAGAGGAUCGAGGACCUCAUGGCCUCCUUCUCCGACUCCGAGGAGGUCGUCGAGGUGAUGGAGAAGCGCGAGCGUAGGACGAGAGAGAACAACGUGAAGAAGGAAGUAGACUUCGUGCCUCACACGCCGCCAGUCGUCAGGAGUAAAAACGUCGCCGGACCGCCCGUGUACUACCCGCCUGGAUCGGGUGAAUUCUCCAGGAAGGAGGAGUCUAUGUCCGCCAUGUCCAAAUCUAGCGGAGGAUGGGCCAAGGAGAAGGCUGCCUGGGAGUACGGAGCGUCCGCCAAGAGCGAGGAGAAAGUCAAGACGAAAAAAGCCGUGGUACCAGUCUGUUUACCACUCUGUUGUGCCUUACCUUGCGUCAUUAUGUAAAACAGUGCAGCAUCACUAUUUUUACAAUACCUCUUUGAAAUCAUUCACUAAUUUAAGUCUCAAAACGCUUCUCUGAUCGUCCGUCGAUUUUGACGGAAUGUCGACUCUCUCUCUCUCUCUAUGCCAUACUUUGUAGUCGAAUUCUAUCCUGUUCAAAAAUGAUCUUCUUACGUACUACUAUCAGUGUUCUAGAUAACCUUGAUCGAUUAUCGGUAUUUGUAUUACCAUUAGUUAUGAGAUAACCAUGACUGCAUAUGGAAUUGUGCAUGGAUAUUCAUCUAAUACUCAAUUCGUACCAUAACUUUUUUAAUAAAAUAUUUAAUAAUUUAUUUGUGGUGCUAUACUGACAAUAACUAUGUCAUAUUAUGCAAUAAAAUGACGUUAAUUAAAAGUACAAUCUUAAGGCACAAUGACGGAAAUGUUAUCUUAUGUAAGGUUAUACAAUAAUGUACAUAAUUAUAAAAUUACAAUAAAUAAUAUUACCACUUACUUUA